UUCUCUUAAAGUAUUCGUCUCCAAUCGCAGCCCAGUCUGUUCAUCCUCGACUAUUUAUACUCUCGAUCUUACCGUCCAACUAGGACUUACUUUCGAACACCAACCAACCUUGUCGUGUAAGCAAGCAAUUAUUCUCCCCGCCUGACUACCCCUCACAACAUACCGUCCGGUGAAAUCCUUGCUGUUUCAUACAACGUUGCUUAUCUCUCUCAAGUAACAGUUCACCUCAGUCUUACCGAAACUGUUACUUAGUCCUUCAGGAUGUCUGUUCCGACUCUCACUUUCCAGAGCAACGAUGGCGUUGAGAUUACGGUCGCUCGUGAUGUUGCUGAACGCUCCGUUCUAAUCAAGAACAUGCUCGGUGAUCUCGGUGACACGGAUGAAGCCAUUCCCAUCCCCAAUGUCAACGAAGCUGUCCUGCGGAAGGUCAUCGAGUGGUGUGAGCACCACAAGGGUGACCCCCCUAACACUGGUGAUGACGAUGACUCUCGCCGCAAGACCACUGACAUCGACGAGUGGGAUCAGAAGUUCAUGCAGGUCGAUCAAGAGAUGCUUUUCGAAAUUAUCUUGGCUGCCAACUACCUCGAUAUCAAGGGUCUGUUGGAUGUCGGCUGCAAGACUGUCGCCAACAUGAUCAAGGGCAAGUCUCCGGAGGAGAUUCGCAAGACAUUCAACAUCCAGAAUGAUUUUACCCCCGAAGAAGAGGAUCAGAUCCGUCGGGAGAACGAGUGGGCUGAGGAUCGUUAAAUCUGUGCUACUGGUCAGCCGUCACCACUGCAUAUCUUCCCAACGAUCGCUGACUCGCCACCGACAUGUGGCUCCUGUGAAGAUAGGCAUAUCCAACGAUGUUUUGGCUUGGUACACCUCAUACGGUCUCCAGUUGCUGCAGUUCCCGGCGUUCGGUUUUUCGCUUCUUUUAUGUUAGCGGAUUGAGUUUCUCUUCCAAUUUCUACUACUGGCCUUGGACCAUUGUGUCUCAAAACGCAACGGUGGAUUUAGUUUAAUAGUUGAUUCGAAAAAUGUAUCUUGCUAGGAC